AUCAGCUGUCUGAUGUACCGCCUGUCCGCACUGGACCCAUCAGCACUCUCAUCGCAGGUACGUACGCCAAGAGGCAGGAAGCACUCAUGAAGCGACAUCGGCAGAACAAGGGCAGACGCACACGCCCCUGCUGCUGCUGCGUCUGUGUUUGUCACGCAUGCAGGAUUGUUCGCUUCACAUGAUAGCCGCAUUGCAGCAGUAUGCCAAGCUGAAGGCCACGCUGAAGGCGCUUGUCAGGUCGGCCAGCUUCCCUCAGCCGCGCACUGACGCAUUGGUCAGCCAAACCAUCGCACGAUACACGCGAAUGAUUCGCCAAUCGUGUGUCGCCAACCACGUGUCUGUUGUGCGCUGCACUGUCUUGGUCAGGCCAAGUUGAGGGACCUCCCGACCGACGCCGUGGCUCGUCUGCAGACACCCGCAAAUCUGACGGGCGUGGGCCGCCUCAGGACGACCGCGCGACUGCUCAAGAGGCACAUCCGAGAUGCCUUCCGCAGCCGGCUGACCGACGCCAUCGACAAGGCGGGUCUGACGGGCGUGGUGCGGUUCGCUCCCCAGCUGGGCGACGGCAGUGUGAUGGAGGCCCUGUGGCUGAUGGAGGAGGGGGGCGGCUGGGGCGAGGUGGAGAAAGGGCUGCGACUGGCGGCAGAGUAUUCGUACUGUCAGCUGCCCAUCCUCAUCGACGCCGGAGACCUGCAGAAGCACGACACAAAGAUGGUGAGCACCUCACACAAGAGGGGGAGAAUAGGGUGCAUCGUCUGCCAUGUGUCUGCGCGUGGGCUGUGUCCAGGCCUACUUGUCGAUGCCCCGUGUGGCAGCCCAGUGGUUGAUUGUCGGUCGGCACGUGGUCUUUUGCCGCGCUGAUGGCCAGCAGAACGGCACCUUCGAGGUGUUCCGCGACCCUUCCACCAACGAGAUCCGCGCCAUCCGGGACGAGCCCGAGUUCGCCCUCACCCUCAACCCACCCCUCCCCACCGAUGGCGUGCAUCCCUUCCAGCAGCACCCGUUCCAACAGCACAUGAAGCACGUGGUGACCAUCGAGUACGCCGAGUACGCCGAGGGGGACGGGGAGUGGGUGGCAGGCUGGGCUGAAUUCAUCUGCGCAUCGGUGAGCACCUUCAUCAUGGACAUGAUCACCCGCCACUUCACGAGGAGUGGCUUCCAGCUCCACUUCACGGAGGUGGACAUCGAUCGGUACGUCAUGUGAUGGAACGGGACGUAGCGUCAUACAUGGGUGGGAGAAGCAGAGUGUUGCCUUUCCUUGUAUGUGUGUGUCCGUGUGUGUGUGUAUGUAGUGGGGCGAGGGGUGGUUAUUUGGACGGCCUGCUGACGCGGUCGCCCCACACAUCGCUGGAGGGAUGUGCAGCCGUCAUGACGGAGGAGGGGGCUGAUGGGACUGCGUGUCAGGUCCACGUGCUGACGGCCUCCGACGACCCAUGCAUAGCAUGGAUCACCUUCUGUGUCACAGCUUACGACCGUCAGACGGGUGAGCGGCGGGAGGGCAAAGCCAACGGCGUCUCGUGGAAGCGGGCCCUGCUGUCUGUGUGCUGCGGCAGUGAGUGUCAGUCUGUUGACCACGGAGCAGCCGGUAGGCAAUCCGAGCGAUCCCUUCUCGGUCAGGUGCCGGCGCUCGGCAUGGCUGGCCCGGCGGUCACUUGGCCCAUUCGCACGCAUCUUCUCCGACGGACAGACAUACGCCACCUAGGGCUGGCUGGCUGGCUGGCACGUGCGCCAGACCACCAGUAGAGUGAUAUGCAGAGGGCAACGCACAC